UGCAAAUGGCGGCACUUGUUAUUGUUCAAUGGCGUUGAAUAUGCAAGCACAUUUUUAAAACUACUCUGUCACCUAUACAGGUGGACAUAUGACCUCUCAGUAAAGAUGGGUCCUCAAGAGGACUACAUCGAGACGGUGUUUACAUGUGAGGGGGACAUCAAUGAUCCAAACCUUCAGUCUCGACUUGAAGAUUUCCGCAAAGGUCUUAGGGAUCUGCUAUCAACAGAUAAAAGGAAGCUGAUCCUAAAGAAGGUGGAGCCAUGGAACAGUGUGCGUGUGACGUUUAACAUCCCUCGCGAAGCUGCUCAUAGACUUAAACAGUUGGCACAGCAGGGAGACUCCACACUACGGCAACUGGGAGUCUUAGCUGUACAAAUUGAAGGCGAUCAGAUUAUCUCACUAACAAUAGCUGGUAGAAAUAAUGAAAGGACUAGAUUGGUUUUCCGAACAGAAAGUGAUACAGUAGAUGCACCGUCAGUGUCUAUGAUAGAUCCUGGAGGUAGAACAAAUGACUUUGAAACACCAGGGCCAAGUAAUGCAGAAAGUACUACACAGAAAAACAUUGCUGAUUAUCUUCGGCAAGGGGCACCCCUCUUUGACACAUUGUUUGGGCAGCAAUCAUCAGCACCAGAUGGCUUUCAAUCAUCUGGUCCGAGAGAUGUCAUGCCGUUUGCCUCUAUGGGAAUGCCUUCGUCAGCCACAGGCAGGGGUCCUUCUCAAUCCCAGCAGUCUUUUGGAUUCCCCCAAGGGAAAAACCCAACAAGUGCACAAUCACAUCAGAGUGGGUUCUUUCCAUUUGACCAGCAGACCAAGGGCUCUCUGGGUCAACCAGGAAUGAAAAUGCCCUCACCACCAGGCCUAUCUCCUCACAGCAUUCCACAACAGCAAGGACAUGAGCUUUCACUACCUCCUCCUCCUCCUUAUCCUCAUGGGAGUGCUCUGGUCAACAACUUUGUAAAGGGAGGCAGGUAUCCCACAACGUCCACUGGAAGUCCAUUGCUAGUCAAUUUGCUUCAGACUGAACCGUCCUUAGCAGGCAUCAAUAACUUUAUGCACAGUAAAAUGCUACCACCUCCUGAAACGGGGUCUCCUCCUAAAAAGAAGAGACGACAGCGGAAGCCCAAAGAAAAACCAAAUGCAACUGUAAGCGAGACACAGUCCCAGUCUCCCAGCACUCCCCUAGCAGUGCCAUCGUCAGAGGGAGAAGUCUCCAUACAGAGUGUACCAAACCCUGCUCUGGCUACCUGUGGCCUGCCCCUGGUCACAUCAGGCAGCAGCUCAAAUAUGCCAAGCAUUCCAAUGGUUACACAAGCCUUACCAGCUUCAACACAACCAGCUGUCACCUUUUCUGGGAGACAACCAAUCCAUCCGCCUCACAGCCCUUCGCAUCAAAGCAUGGACACAAAUCUUCAUACAGUUACAUCAACUGCUGCUUCAAACUUAAUUCCAUUGUCUCAGGAACCCAUACCAAGGAAAUCAGAAUCGGGGGAUGUGAGCCAAUUUUUACCAGAAAACACAGCUGGAAAAAUCAUAAACCCAUAUACUGGACUUUUAGAACCUAUGGAAAAUUCAUCUGAUACAAGUCCCAUAAAAAGUGACAGUUCCUUAGAUGGAUUUUCUCCACAUAAAAACCCUAUAAAACGUUCCCCAAAGGACAAAAAGCAGCCACCAAGUGGUAUUUCUCCAAAUAAACAUUUAACUAUUAACAAUGUCAUGCAUCAAGGGCGGAUGCCCCCAUCAAGUGAUAGGAUCUCUUCUGUGCCAAGUUCUUCUGCAGGACAUCCAAGUGUUAAUUACUCUAGGCAGCAACACCAGCAGAAUGAGACAGUAGCUGUGUACAGUAGUAGUAGUAAUAACUUAAUGUUGCCUUCAUCGUCGUCGUCAUCGCUGUCUUCAGUAUCAUCUAUGUCACCAUCUCCACUACCACUUAUGUCCCCUGCUAGCAGAGGUAAUAGUGGUUAUGUGCAUUCUAGUCCUACUAGAAAAGAUUCUGUAACAAGUGUAUACAAUAGCAACUCGACACAGAACAGGACUGUCAACAGGUCACCAGCAGGACAGGAAUAUAUGCCAGUUUCUAGUGCAUCUCAAGGAUUUGUCACCAAGUCGCCAACUUCAUCCUCCCAAAGAUCUUUACCAGGCUUUAUGCCUGGUAUGUCCACAACAGUUGAGAUGCAACCUUUGCACCAAAGUGUGUACAAGAGUUUAACAUCUGGUUUCCCCGAGGACAAUCAUCUGACGACUGUGUGUUGUGGGGCUCACACAACUACUAGUGCUUCUCCUACAUUGAGCCAAAGACAACAACAACAACAUGUUGCAACAAAUGUUGUUACAGCCUCCACGCAGCAGAAAAUGUCAUCGGCGAUUACUAGUCCUUCAAAUUCUGAACAAUUGCUCAAUCCUCAUGUGAUGAACCAUCCAGCCAAACAUGCAAGUGUUGUGGGUACCAGCACUAAUUGUUUAAUAGACAGUCCUGGCGGAGACUCAGAGAACUCUAGCCAGAGCAGUCUUCUGCAUGAACAUUCUUCUCAGAAUGAUAUAGCAGCCUCAGGCUGCACACUGGAACAGGAGACAAAGGUGUACAAUCAUGACUCAGGAAUCGGCAGCUCAUCGGAGAGGUCAGACGGCACACCGUCGGAACCUGGAGAUGAUUUCAAAGCAGCACAUGCUAAUAGUGAAGAUUGUAGUGCAUCCAUCAAACAUUUUUUAGAUGGAAUAAAUAAGACCACGUGUGUACCCAAAUCAGACGCUCAAGUGAUAACAGUCGGAUAUGCAAUGUCCAAUAGUCAUGUUAACAAAAACACAUUGAAGCAUAAUUCUGAUAUCUCUUCAAUUUUAUCAAUGCCAAUGGAAAAGGCUUUAAAUCAUCAAACUUUUAAUCAUGUGAAUUGCCGGAAAGACAAGACCAAGGUCAUGAAUCAUGUUGGCCCUAGUCACCAAAACACUGUGUUACAUUGGUCUACUAGAGAGAAAAUAUUCUCAAACCAGGUAGAGUCCAACAAACGCAAAAGUCCAAAGCAGUUUCUGAGAGAGGAAUGUGUUGCACAAGUGAUGACGAACAAACAAAAGCUGCCUCCGUAUACAGCAGACCAUUUAAAGCACAUGCAGAAAAUGGAUCCUCUAAUGCCGCAACACGGCAAUUGCAAUUCUACAUUUGGUGGGGCUGAUGUACACGCUACAAUGUCUACAUUCUCGCAUGGAAUAAACAACAUGGGUAAGACAGAUGAGUCGAGGCGGGUACCUUUCUCAACACAACAGGAUGUGGUUAGAUCUACAGUGCCCUCUCACAAGGUCAACAGUCACACGGCUAGCAGUUGCACCAGUCCUCGCUCGUCUAUGAUGUCCGACGAUACUUACCGGAUGUGCAAUAAAGACUACAAUAAUGUACAACCAAUGACAAACAACAUCAUGUCCCGGCCUCCAACAGGACAACCAGGGGCCAGUGUAGCAUCCUUCAGUUCCCCAGACACUUCUCAGCCAAAUGUUUCCCACUAUUAUCCACAGAAAUCAUUUCCAAGGAAUCAUCAAGUAGACAAGAGGACAAAAUCUCCCCUCGCAAACAACCCUAUGUCAGUGGCGUCAAGUCAACCAGACAACGUGAUUCCAAGUACGGGAAUGAUGGGGUUUGGAAAGUCUCCUGAUGGAGUGCAUUCUGUCAAUUACAGUACAUGUAUAUCAGAUGUAAUGAGUAAUGGGCCAGUAACAUCAAAGUUGGACUCUGGUAGGUUUGUUACUAGCAGUAGUGGGAGCUACGAUCCACAGAAAUACAUCACAAGUGCAACUUCUACUAACAAGCGACGGUCACCAGCAAGCUCCAUGAUCAACUCUCUUCCCCAGCAUUUUUUUGACCCUGCCCUACCUCUUGCAAAACGGUUAACAGAAUCUGUACAGAAGCUGGUGAAGCCCCUACCCUCAAUAGAUCAGUCCUCACUACCUCAUGCACAACACAAAUCUCCUGUUAAUAUGGCGACAAAAUCUCAAGCCUCCAACUCUCCUCCUCGACUAACUCGCACUGCACCAGACAUUAGGCUAUCAGUGUCUGAGGCAGCCAUGGUGGGCAAGUUUGUCAAGUCCAAUUCACCUUUUGACAUGGACACAGCAGCCCCUCCACACCUGUCUGCUGAAAUCCCCAGUUUAAUGGCCUGCAGAACACAUGAAGAUGGGCUGGUAAAUAACCAAGAUUGCUUACCAAUCUCUAGUCACCCCUCGAUUAAAGACGACUUUCAGGCUCUGCCCUCACAGGAAUCAAGUGUUUCUUUCACAGGCAGCUCAACUCACCAUACUUUUCCCAACUGUGAUUCAAACGUACCCGUGCAUUCUGAACCAAACUCAGAAUCUGUGUUAGUGAAUCCAAUUCAAGGGAGGGUGCACAGCACCAAUGACAGUACAAAUGGUGGGACCAAGGGGGCGUCAAAUACCCCUACAGAAAGUUGGACUGCUACUUUAGAAACACAACCAAACUCAUCGGCGAACAGUGCCAGUGGAUCGUCAUCUAUUUAUCCACUUACAACUGCAAAUAGUGCUAGUGUAGGGGGAUCUGUUUUACAAAUGUCUACUCCCUCUCUGAAGCAAAAAGGGACCUCUCAUAUUGGUGCAACUAGAUCUGAUUGUGUAUCAAUAUAUACAACUGGAGGAGGGAUCCCCACACAUACAGGUAGUUCUACAAACACAGACAAUAAGACUUCUGCAGUUGCUGUGGAAGCUAAGCACAAGUUUGAACAAGAUGAACAGACAGGUCAUUCGCCAUCAAAGGUUACUCUUAAUUGUAAUGGGAAUGAGUGCAAUAGUUCUAGUACAGAGAAUUCCAAAAACUGUUCUCCAAAUUUACUCCUUAACUGUAGUGCCAACAACAAUUUGUGUACGAAUACUUCUCAAUGUCCUGAGAUUACUUCUAGUCGAGCUGAAUGUGUAGGUAGUGCGGCUGUCGAUGGCAUUACUCCAACUUGUGCUAACACAGACAAUCUUCACCAGCAGCACAGCGGGGACAGUACGGCUUCACAUGUUAACACUCUGCAGAACUGUGAGGAUGUUAAUGGUGAACAACCUGGUACCUUGUCACAAAUUCAAUACACAGCAAAUUCCAGUGUACAGAGCAUGAACCGAAGUGAGAAAGAGGAGGAUUCCCAUGUAGAGGAGAUGACCAACAAUGUUCCCCAGCUACUACCUGUUUACAGUGAUUCUAAUCAAGUUAACUGCACGGAUGACAUCUCUGAUUCCACAGCAACUUCCGUCACGUCCAGACCACAGAGACAAACCAGUGUCCCUGACAGUACCAGGCCUCUAACACCAGAUGAUUUCUCGACUACCACAAUGGCACUGAGACGAAGCAGAAAGUCCUCGGAAUCAAACGAAAAUAGACCUAUUGAAAACAAACCAACAGAAAAUUUGUCAUCAGCCCAACACAAUCUUCGUCUGACCAGGCAGCGCAUCAGUCCAGCUGACCCAGCUGAAAAGGAAGUGGGAACAAGACAGCGUUCGAAUACAGCUGACUCGCAGGACAAGAGUGUUGACGGUGACUCUGGUAAGAACUUGCGAACAUCCUCACGUAGAAGGAAACCAAUGCAGAAUGAUGAGAUAAGUGCUACAGAUCCCAACAAGAAAAUCACAAAUUUAGACGAUUGUGAGGUAGCCAAACACACACGUUCAUCUGAUACUAAAGACAAUAAUGUCGGUACCACAUUGAAGAAUGAUAUUGUGAAGGUUUCAGCCAAUGAAACAAUAGAUGGGUUGACUGCAACACUGGAUUCUGUCAAAACUGGGCUCAGGAACAGAACCCAAAACAAGGCACCUUCUGGGGAUGAAAAAACAAAGGUAGUUAACAAGGACCCAAAGAAAAAGCCAUUAGUCUCUGAUGAUGAGAUAGCACAGAAUAAGAAAGCUCAGCUGAGUCGGCGAAGUCGACACUCCCCAACACUUUCCCAGGACAAGAUACAAAACCAAAUCCGUGACAGAUCUCCUGUGCGCAGUCGAACACGAACCUUGGUACCCGCGAACACUGACCCUCAGGAGGACUCUAAGCGCUCGACUCGGUCCUCCAAACCCAGAGAUGCAACCGAAACACUACCUCCAGCUAACAAGCGGCGACGUUCCUCCCGAGACCACAGAUAAACCCUACUGUCUCCUACUAACUUCCAACACUACUCUAACGAGGGUUGAUUUAGUUAUUACUUGUAAAUACUCUAGACUCUUACAAAGUAUAAGCUGUAUAGAGGAUCAUUGAUUUGUCUUGUACAUAGUCUGAAGUGUUGAAAUCAAGAUCCCCACAUGUUUAUAGCGAGCGUAAGGAUGUAUACUUGUAGUAAGGGAUGUUGUCACUCCAAAUGGCAUUUGUUUGUACAGAACCCGCACCAUAAUCAUGUGCAUUAGUUUGAUAAUUUAUUUCUUUUUAGUGAAAAAUAGUGCUCUAAUUAUGAAUUAAUAACUGUCAAUUAUGUUGUAUAUGAACUUAUUUCACUCAUAUAAUACACACAUUUAUAUAUAUAUAUAAAUAUAUAUUAUAUAUAAAACUGGGUACAUUUGAUGAAGUAAAAAGUGAUAUUUGUUUUGAUUUAUUUUUUCUUUGAUUUUCCCCCCUAACUUGGUGCCCAGACAUUACUAGAUAAUGGAUACUGCAGAUGGUAGUAAAUAGACAAAUAGAUCUAUAAACAUAUGUAUAGUUCAGAUAUAUUAAUCAAAAACUAUUAUGAAUACCCUCAUCUCUAAUAUAUGUGAUACUUUUUGUGUUGUUGUUACAUGAUAUCGGGCAGUCCAAUUGGUUGGAACGGCCUGUUAUUUGAGAAAGUUGCAUAAUUUUCACUUUGUUACAGAAGCUUUAGACUACUAAUCUGGCCAGGAUAAUGGACACGAGCUGUUGUGUCGUCAACAUCAGGGCCAUUUAUGUUUUGUUAUUGUGUAUAUAACAUUAAUUACGUCUCUAGUCCUCGGGCUCCUUGUACAGUCCACCAGAUCAUCUCUGUUACCAGGUGUGUGUACUGAAACAAAGCUCAGUUAUAUCGGUAAACAUCCACACACUGUUUCGUCAUCCAGUAAUGAAGUAACUUUUCAUAAUUUGAGUUUAAUGAAAUUAUCACUGUCAUCUUUUGUAAAUAAAGCAUGCACCAUCAAGGCUGGUGAUACACUACUGUCAAGUGUUGAGUUUGCUGAUGUUAUGUACAUAUAUAAGGAGCUUGAAUAAUGUAGGGGUUGGUUUAGACUGAGUGACCAGUUAUUGUCCUUAGUAGCCCCUGCGGCUAAUUCUCUUUCGUGUUGGGUCUUUAUUCAUUGGCAAAAUAUUUUCUUCAUUCUAUCAGGGAUAUAGGUUCUCACACUUGCUUCAGUCGACAUUUCCCCCCGUGUUUCUUCAAAACAGAUAAUAAUCUAACAUAACUAGGUAUCUUAACUGCAGUUGGUUUUGUACCCGUACAAUUAUUAGCUCUCUGUGUCUUUUUGGUGUCCAUUCAGCAUAUUUUUAUUUUUAUAUCCAGUAUUCGUGAAUAAACAUAGCUCACAUUUGCAGUA